AUGGUCGUCGAUGAGAUCCCGCUCGAAAGGUGUCACGCCGGCUACGUCACAUAUUUAGACUACGCUUCGGUCUGGUUAACCGACAGCAAUAUGGACCUCGAUGUUGCAGCGCUGAAUGCUGUUCUUCGUUGCGGAGCCUGCUUUUCUCACUUGAUUGCGCCUACUACUCUUCCUUGUGGCCAUACCGUCUGUGUUGACCACCCGACGACAACCCGUUGCCCAGUCCUCCAUUGCAACCCUCAUAAUGGCCCAACCCGCCCUCGAAUUCCUUCCGCCUCUCGUGUAAACUACCUCCCGCCUCCAGCACUCUCUAAUUCUCUUCCAUCGUCUGUGUCAGACGCGCCAAAGGUCGAUGUAACAAUCAACAAGAUCAUCUCGCUGCUUAAUGGUCUCCAAGAUAACCAACAACCUACCCAGUCUUCCACUACCCGCCCCCGCUCGCACUCAGGGUCUCCUCCAGCUCGACCACGAAAGCGGCAAAGAGUACUUGAUCCAGACAGUGACGACGACGAAAAUAACGUUGACUUACUUUCCCAUCUUCGCCGCCUUUCUCCCCCUCGCGAUCCAACCCCGUCCUUUGCGAAGGAAUUGCUUACCGAACUUUCCUGCGAAAUUUGCUUUAUGCUUCUCUAUAAUCCUGUCACUACCCCAUGCCAACAUACAUUCUGCGCCAAAUGUCUGCAUAGGGCGCUAGACCAUAGCAAUCUAUGUCCCCUUUGCCGCGAAGCCCUUCCCGGCUUCUCAUUUUUCGAGGAUCACCCAGUCAACCAAACUGUGGAAACUCUGAUUGUCACCGCUUUCCCCGAGAUGUACACUGAACGUGCCGAAACCAUUGCCUCCGAAGAACGCGAUGCCCGUCUCGACACUCCCAUUUUUGUCUGUAUGCUUAUUUUCCCCGGUCACCCAACUGUGCUACACUUUUACGAACCCCGAUAUCGACUCAUGCUCCGACGGUGUUUAGAGCAGGAGGUGCCAUCGUUUGGCAUGAUAAUGCCACCGCGUAAUGGAGAGCAAUCUUCAUUCGGUACCAUGGUUGAAAUACGCUCCGUUCAAAUGCUUGCCGAUGGCAGAAGUAUGGUAGAAACAUGGUCCACCUUCCGCUUUCGUAUUCUUGAACGGGGAACUUUGGAUGGUUAUACUGUUGGACGUAUUGAGCGAAUCGAUGAUAUGCCAGAUUCACCAACUCUUGGAUUGACUGGGCCGUCCAACACGGAACUUAUGGAAAUGUGUACCGAGUUUCUCCAACAGCUUCGUCGCGGUACAGCACCAUGGGUGGUUCAACGACUGCAAAAUGUUCAUGGUCCCCCUCCUGAUGACCCUGCCGCCUUCACAUACUGGGUGGCGCUUAUCCUUCCCCUCGAUGAUUACGAAAAAGCCAAGCUCCUUCCAAUUCGUAGCGCGAGGCUUAGACUUCGUCUCGUUGCGCAUUGGAUCGAGCAGCUGAACAGCAAUUGGUGGUUCGCUAGUGGCUGCGUCGUCGUCUAA